UUUGUAGUAGAUUCUUAUAUAUAUAUAUAAAAUGUUGUUAUUUGACAUAUUAAUGUGUCCAACAUCAUAUGAGGUGACACUUUAUGGUUGGUUAGCAGUAUCCAUGAUUCUUAUUAAAGUCAAAUGUGUGAGAUCCGAUAUUAGAUUCCACCAAUAACGAUUUUAGACGAUAUGGAAGAAGUGAAGGUGAUUGGUUCGAGAACGAGCGUAUUAUGUACCAGAGUAGAGUGGGCGUUGAAGCUAAAGAGUGUGGAGUAUGAGUACUUGGUGAAAGAUUUGAGAAACAAAAGUCCAAUUCUUCUCAAGUAUAAUCCAAUUCUUAAGAAAGUUCCUGUUCUUUUACACUUGGACAAACCUAUACCUGAGUCCCUAGUCAUUCUUGAGUACAUUGAUGAAGUUUGGAAAGAAAAGCCUUUGCUUCCCCAACACCCUUAUGAAAGAGCCAAAGCUAGAUUUUGGGCCAAGUUUAGUGAUGAGAAGGUUUUGAUGGGAUCAUUUGAAGCUUGCAAAGCUCAAGGAGAAGGGAAAGAGAAAUUGAUAGAAACUGCCCAAGAAUAUUUGGGUUUUCUUGAGAAGGAAAUCGAAGGGAAGAAGUUUUUCGGAGGAGAAAGAAUCGGUUAUCUAGAUUUAGCAGUGGGAUGGAUUCCUUUAUGUCUUGAUGUGAUGGAAGAAAUUGAAGAGAUGAAGUUAAUCGAAGCAGGCAAGUUUCCAUAUCUUCAUCAAUGGUCUAAGACUUUAAUGGAUAAUCCAAUUAUGGCAGAAUCAGCUCCGUCAAGGAAAUCACUUGUCGAGUAUUUUAAUGCUGGUAUCACCUAUCUCCGCUCAUUGGAAGCUAGCAAAGGGUGAAAUAAAUUAAUUAAGUUUGACUUUGAAUUGGAUUAGUAGAAGAAAAAUUUGUCAAGUGAAUUGGAUUAGUAGAAGAAAACUUUGUCAAGUGAGUCAAAUUUGUUGCAUGUGUGACUAAAUUUUUUUAUGUGCGUGGAAAACAACAUGUUUGAACCUAGUUUUCAGUACUGUAAACUAUUCAAAAUUUUCUGAAAAUUUGCAGGAUGCUCUAAAUAGCUGCAAUAUACACGGUCAUAAAAAAAAAAAGUAGUACCGAAAACUGUUCACGGGUCGAGAAACACUAAAAGCCCUACCGGUAGGGCUUAAAGUAAAGCCCCUGUAAAAAAAUUCUCAUAUAUAUAUAUAUAUACACAGAAUGCAUCUGCGUGUGGAUGAGACAAGUCUCUCUCUCCCAUAUAUUUGU